GUCGGGAUCAACCAGAGGAGGGGCUCCGCCGCCAGAGUGACGACCAAGGAGGAGGAGUACUGCUGCUUCAACUCGGCGGAGGAGAAGGAGGCGGCCAUGGACGAGAAGUGGAAGAACAGGCUGUGGAAGACGUGCGUCUACGCCAUCACCUUGGGCAUGCUCGUCGCGCUGCUGCUCGGCCUCAACAUGUCCUCGAGCGCCAUUACCGCCGCCCUCGCGCUCAUCGUCCUCGACUUCAAGGACGUCCGCCCCUGCCUGGAGAAGGUAGCAUUGGGUCUCAUUCCAGAAAGAGAGAUCUUUAUUCAGUUGCUGAUGGGGAGCUGCCAGGAUCCUGAGGAUUUUGGAGGAGAUGUCAUGAUAUUGGUCUCCAUUGUACAGCCUCUGCUAGAGGAGAUCAAUGCCAUUUUGGUUAAACACCAGCUGGACAUGCUCAAAUGCACCUGAAACACAAGGAUGCCCAAUCACCUGAUGAUUGUACAUAUCUACUACUGUACUGCACAAGCUAAUUAACAUAGCUUGCAUUGUAAAAUGAAGAUUUGUUGGUGUUUCUUUUAGAAACUGCUGGUGGUUGGUUCCAGACUCCCUUUUUGUUAAGUUGUCAGAGAUGUCUUUGCUGUAUGUGUUUGUGCCCUUGUAGUUGUAGUGGGUUGGAUGUAUCAUAGAACUUAUCUGCCUGAAACAAAAUGCAUCUCUUGUUUCUCUUUCU